GCUUUCCAGUUCCGCCGCUGAGUAGUCUCCCCCUCCCCCUCUUCGGAGUCGCCGAAAUGUCGGGAAUGGCGGCGGCGACGAAGAAGGAGUCGGAGCUGUCCGGCCAGAUCGAGGACUUCGUGGCGCUACUGAAGCGGGGCGGGGAGCGGCCGCGCUCAGAGGAGGCUGCCCGGCAAACCGUAGGGCUGCUGCGGAGGAUCGUGGCUCACGGACGCUGGGACAAUGCGGGAGAGCUUAUGGAUUUGAUUCGUAAGGAAGGUAAGAGAAUGACUGCAGCGCAGCCAUCUGAGACCACUGUGGGCAACAUGGUGAGGCGGGUGCUGAAGAUAAUUCGUGAGGAGUAUGGCAGGCUCCGAGGACGCAGUGAGGAGAGUGACCAGCAGGAGUCGCUACACAAACUUCUGACCUCAGGAGGUCUCAAUGAGGACUUCAAUACCCAUUACAGCCCACUCAGGGCCAAUGUAAUUGAAGCUAUUAGUGAGCUGUUAAUUGAAUUAGAGGGUACAACUGACAAUAUUGCCAUGCAGGCACUGGAGCACAUCCACUCCAAUGAGGUGAUCAUGACCAUUGGCUAUUCACACACUGUGGAGGCAUUCCUGAAGGAGGCAGCACGCAAGAGGAAGUUCCAUGUCAUUGUGGCUGAAUGUGCACCCUUUUGCCAGGGCCAUGAAAUGGCUGUUCGUUUGGCCAAAGAGGAUAUAGAAACCACAGUCAUGAGUGAUGCAGCCAUCUUUGCUGUUAUGUCUCGAGUCAACAAGGUUAUUAUUGGGACAAAGACUAUCUUGGCCAAUGGUGCACUGAUAGCUGUCAGUGGGACUCAUACCUUGGCAUUAGCAAGCAAACACCACUCUACUCCUCUCAUUGUCUGUGCACCCAUGUUCAAGCUCACACCACAGUUCCUUAAUGAAGAAGAUUCAUUCCAUAAGUUUGUCUCUCCACAGGAAGUACUGCCUUUCAUAGAAGGAGAGAUUUUAUCUAAGGUCAAUGUUCAUUGUCCAGUCUUUGACUACGUUCCUCCUGAACUCAUCACUCUCUUCAUCUCGAACAUUGGAGGCAAUGCUCCUUCCUACAUUUAUCGACUCAUGAGUGAGCUCUAUCACCCAGAUGAUCGGGAACUCUGAACUACUCACAAAAUACAUUUAUACAUUGAUUUCCGUGAAGAAAUAAGUAAAUAAACAUUAUGCACCAAAACCAGACAUUGCUGUCUUCAAAACAGGCUGUCCCCUGGCCGUGCUUUUCACCAUCAGCAAAAGUGCUUCUCUGUUUGUUCAACUUUAUUAAAUGAUAUACAACAAUUAUUUCCCUGAAAAUAUUCUCUCUGAGAAUCAUUGCAUAACAUUCAGUGUUGGAUUCAGCUCAAUAACUGUCUUAACUGUAAAAGGAAUUACUGACGAUAGAAGCUGCCCUCAGUCUGUUAAAUGCCCUCAUGAGGGGUCCCUUUUUGCAGCAGCAUCUGGGUGGCAGGAAGAGGCUUUUCAAUUCCACCAGGACCUGUAAACAAAAAGUCAGGCUUCUUGACCCAUUUUUGUUUUAUGCAAGGAGGAUGUUUUACACCUUUCAGAAAGGGCAACUCAGACUGCCUUAACUUGCAGAUAGCGAUGUAUCGCUGUGAUUAUUCAUUGCAUAAAAAGCCCUUUUUAGUUCUGAUGCCUGUAUUGAUUCACUGUGACUAAUUAGCAUUUGAAUGCAAUUCAAGCAACAGAUGACAUUAAAACAAAACUAGAACAGAUUGUAGUGUUGUUUGGCCUAAGCAAAAGUUGUAAUCAAAACUGUGGCCGAGUAUGUGGUCCCCUUUUAUGAUAGCUGCUGCUUCCUCAGAAUAAAGGGUGUCAUAUUGAUUAAAACAGUUGUUCUACAGUCUUUACUUACACAUUUUAAAUGCAAGAUAGAGGCUUGCCAUGUUCCCCAGGAAAACAGGGCUUAGUUUUUGCCUCCGGCUGGUGGGAUCUUUGAAGUACCACAUUUUGGGCUCCUCCUGCAUUCAGAAUGCUGAAUUGCUUUCUGUUGCUGUGCUUUCAAGGCCACUCUCUGGGCCUCGCCGCUUUCAGUUUCAGAGGAGGAGCUGCUGGAGAUGGGUUGCUUGAAACCUAGGAAGCACUGAGGCGGCAGGGCUCACGUUUUCCUAGUGAGAUCUGUUUCUUUCCUAAAGCGCUGCCAGGCUUUAGCCAUUUUUCUGAGUUUAACCAGAUUGGGCUUGGGCUGAAGGAAAAAAAGAGCAGUUAAUGUUAUGACACUGCAUGCUUCAACAGAUAGUACAGAAUCCUAUUUAUGAUUAUUUUCUAAACAAAUGGAUAAGAACAUAAGAACAAGCCAGCUGGAUCAGACCAAAGUCCAUCUAGUCCAGCUCUCUGCUACUCGCAGUGGCCCACCAGGCCAUUUAUGCUAAGAACGUGAUUGGACGGUUUAUGUACAAUAAAUGACAAUCUGUGUGUCAUGCUCCCCAGACACCCUCACUAUUUUCUUUAUUUAAGCCUCAGUUGACUCUUAGAAUGGGUUUAGUUAUCUUUGUAUAGUUUUUUGUGGGAGGGAACCUUCGUUAGACUCUGUCCCUUUAAGAAGCCCUCUAGACGCAAGAGCCUUACAGUCUUCUUUAUUACCCAGUAGUCCUCCAGUUAGUUGUAGUCUAAGGUGCCAGUACAGCUGGAAGGCUGUAAUAUAUCUUAUGUAUAAGGUGUUACAGAAAGCGGGGUCCAGAUAGAGGAAACUGAAGAAACUAAGAGGAAGCACAGACAAAGUGGACUUUCUUGGAAGCAGUCAAGGCAGAAUCAGGGUCUCAAGCUUCAAGCUGUUCCAAUCAAACAAGUACUUCAUUUUAGUCAGACCCUGGGAGGAGUUAGGGUCUUAAUUCUUCAAUGCAAUUAAACCUUCUUCUUCUUUUUUUUGAACUGUUACAACUUUAUCUGUGAGUCUCCCACUCUGUUCAGGGCACCUAAUAUAGUUUACUUGGGGAACAGAACACUGUGUGACUUAUAAAGAUCUUCUCUCCUAAAAAGUAAUUUGUAAAGGUGAAAAUUAUGUACCUUUUUGUACAUUCAAAAAAUAAAGCAAAACAAGCAAAGGACCCACAA